GGGCUGGUGGCUUGCGCGAGCUGUGAUAUAAGGUGCCUUGGGUCUGGAGGUUGAGGUAUGAAGAUUGUCACUUUCAAUUGACCAUCAGUCUGCAUCUCACGAUUGUGUUGCGCGUCGGCAAAUCCUUUCCUCCUAAACUGUCCAUCAGUCAGCUGUCGGCUCUGUCAGCUCCAACAAACCAUCUUCCCAAAAAGCAAAAAAGAAAGGAGGACGAAAAACCAUGUCUCGCUACUUCCCCCACACGGCCUACGCAGAAGACCAGCCCCUCGCCGGCACAAUCCUCACAGUCCACGUUCUCACGCGCGGCUACACAACCGGCACCGUAGUGGGUCUCGGCAUCGCGGCCGCGAGUGGAGUCGCCAGCCGAAUCCGCGGCACAACGCCCGUGCCAGCCGCCGCCGCUCCGUUCCCCACAUCAGCAACAACAACAUCAACGGCAACGGCAGCGCUCCGAUCGUCAGGACUGCACACCUUCCUCCGUAAAUCAGGCACAGCCAGCGCGAUCAGUAUAGGCUUCACCGGCGUCACCAUGCUGGCGAGGAUGUACGGCCGCGAAGACAUCGAGUGGCGCGAUCGCGCGUGGAGGCUGAUGGAGAGCCGGAGCCAGCUGGAAGUGGAUGACUGGACGUACAGUGGUGCUGCGGCGGGCGUUGCGGCGCUUGGGAUUGCGAGGGCGGCGGACUGCAAUAUCUGCCACCGAAUCUGGACCUUUCUCGAGACGUCUCCCAGCAACGGAGACCGCGAUCCUGUCACCCUAGGCCCCUUCGAUUACGUCAACCUAGGCUCCUUCGAGGAGGCACUCUCCUCAAAAUGUAGCAGACACCUGCCACUCGUCAAAUCGUUCCACAACUUUUGCAAUCAACGAAGGCCACUCUUUGGCCGCAACCCAGCCGACAUAGACAUCAAAUUCCAGCGACCAGGCGUGCUCACCUUUGAAGAAUCCACCAGCACCGGCGUGCAAUAUGCCAAUUUCUUGCUCCUGAAAAGGGAGUCCAUUCCAAACCACCCAGGGAUCGCCCGCAUCCUGGACCCAGAGUGGAUCGAUACCAGCGUCGUGGCAUCUUGGAAGAAGCAGUGCGCUUCCUCCCACGGCCCCAAAUGCGCCAAUCCCGUCAAGAUCUGGCUGAUACGUCCAGCCUGGGUGGUGGACACUGAGCAGCGAUGCCUCGUCCCAGGAGCCAGGUGCGAAUCUUACGUCACGCUGAGCUACCGCUGGGGCAAGGCUCCCGGCUUGCGCAUCCUCCCCGACACAAUCUCCAAGCUCCAGACGCCCGUUGCCAUUGACGACCUUACCAUCGCUUCCCAGCUUGCACCCAUGGUGUGUCACGCCGUGCACUUGACGUCUGCCAUUGGCGAGCGGUACCUCUGGGUUGCCACUCUCUGUAUCGAUCACGCGCGUGAAGCCGAGAGCACCCAGCAGCUCCAGCUUAUGGCCGCCAUAUUUGCAAACGCUUCGCUCACCAUCGUCGCACUUGAUGGUGACGCCGAGGAUGGCUUCCCGGGUUUACAGGGUAUAUCAACCCCCAAAAACCAAGAUGAUGACAACUACGGGUUCGUGCCCUUCGGCGACGAACACUUCAUCCGCGAUAAGCACGACUAUUUUGGCCUUGCCAGCUGGGGAGCCUAUCACAAGCGCGCGUGGACAUACCAAGAGUUCAACAUGUCCCCACGGCGCCUCAUCAUUAGUCACAACUCUUUGCACUGGAUGUACGAGAUCAUGCGCGGGAUGCCAAAUCUCGGCUCCUUCUCCAACCUGAUUCAAGACUACAACCCGAGAGACCUUACGUAUGAGGAGGAUGCCCUGCCCAGUAUCAGCGGCUUUUUGAACGUCAUCACGCAGAAACGAAGAAUUCGACCCUCCUGGUUCGAGAAUCGCCAAUCGUACAAGGACUUUACUCGGCCUCUGCCACCAGGAUGGACUCGACAAGACAUUGCCGAGGUGGCCGAUCCUGAAUUGAGCGAGGGAGGAGACCAGAAUGUACUGCUUUAUCCCGAUGGGUGCCACAUGUACAGCUUUAGACACAGCAGCCAGCCUAAACAUGAACACGAGCAUCCUUGGCACUGGCCUUUCCCCGUGCCAGACAUUCAGGAAUCGACUCAGCCGUUCAUGCCAGAGCAGACUCUGUACAUUAGCUGCGAUACCCGGCGCGCGGCCGUCUCUGCUUUUCAGACAGGCGAAAAGAAUGACGUCUCACUCUAUAGUGACAAGAAAAAGAUCGGGGUUCUGCGGUUGCACAAUAAGGAUCAACUUGAAGACUUCUCCCAGCUAGAUGCCGGCUGGGCUUCUGCGAAGGAGGUCGAGCUGGUCGCCAUCUGCCGCGUGCGAAACUACGAAAGGUCCUAUGAUAAGACUACCGGAUUAUUCUCGCGCCCCUUUCCGACCACAGAGGUGUAUAAUGUGCUAUGGGCGGAGUGGAUCGAUGGGGUUGCGUACCGCCUCGCAAGUGGACGUGUCGACAAGGCGGCGUGA